AUGUCCUUCCGAGAGGAGUUGAGGAGUCGCAGGUUCUGGCGUUCAGUUUUAGCAGAGCUGGUUGGUUCCCUGGUCUUGGUUGCAGUGAUUUUGGGUGCCUCUGCCCCUGGACAGGAGGACGAGGUUCCAGCCUUGAUGCAGGUGGCUGUAGCUGCGGGGUUUUCUGCUGUCAGCCUGAUUCACUGUUUCGGAGAGAUUAGCGGUGCUCAGGUAAACCCAGCUGUCACACUUGCGUUCUUGUGCACCAGGAAACUGGAUUUCCUUCAGGUUGUGUCCUACCUUUUGGCUCAAUGUCUUGGAGCUGUGAUUGGAUCAGGGAUAAUCUACAUGUCACUGCCAGUCAAGUCAGCAUCAAGGCAUUUAGUUAACAUGAUCAACAAGGAUGGAAAUGCUGGCCAAGCGCUUGCAAUGGAGAUUUUUGCCACAUUCCAAUUAGUUUUCACGAUAUUUGCUGUGGAUGAUCACCGGCGCAGGGAGGUGGGAGAACCUGGCAGUUUGGCAAUAGCUCUCAGUCUGACAGCAGGAAUCAUGGCAUCGGGUAAGUUUUCAGGAGGCAGCCUGAAUCCUGCAAGGUCUCUUGGACCAGCGAUAAUCACCGGAUUCUGGGAGCAUCACUGGGUGUACUGGAUUGGUCCAAUCCUUGGUGCUGUCCUUGGUGGCAUUUCUUAUGAGUUCUUUUUUGCCUCCAGUGCCUCUCAAGAAAAGCUCAUUGCCUGUAUCACAUGCAAAGAUAUCGAGAUUGUGGAAACCGCCAGUGUGUCCCGUUCAUCAUUACUGACAGUCACACAGUCUGCAAUGCGAGCAAAACAGACUGCAAAAGUGCAGGAUCACAGUUAA